UACAUAUAUAUAUAUACAUACAGGUGUGUGCGUAAUAGCUGAUUGCACUGAAGAAGGCGCGAAUGUUAAAUGACUUCAAUUCAUUUCUUGGCGCCAUUAAAUAAUUUCGAAACGUAUCACAUAUUUUUUUGAUACAAACAUAAAGAAGGAAAAACAUAGAGAGGAAGUGGAGAAGUAUUUGAUCGAGAAAAUUAGUUAAGUUAUACCCAUAUGCCGUACGAGUUUCUUUUAGCCACAUUUCACACAUGGAUUCAUUAAUUUGCAAUAAAUGCUUCGUCCCGAUACACAGAGGACAUCAGCCGUACAAUAUUACACAGUGCGGCCAUAUUUUUUGUCAGGAUUGUCUACAACAAGUUGAAAGACAGUGUUCACAAUGCGAAUAUAUCAGCCCCGCAUAUUUAUCGUUAAAAGAACCAGUGAUGCCUAAAACGAUCUCGUUUUUUGCGCCCGUCAUCGAAAUUUGGGAAAUGCUGUUAAAAGCGGAUAUGUUGCGAAGCAAUCAGAUAAAGAUAACAAUGCAACGCUUUCGCGAACUUGACGAAAAGUAUGAGAAACUGAAAAAUCAGUUUUUUAUUGACCAACGUAAUUUUAAAAUAUUAAGAGAGAAGUACAUGAAUAUCAAGAAAGAGAAAGAAAACGUCCAAAAGAAGAUAUUGCAAAUCCAAAAUAUGUACAAAAUGCAAAAUGUACCCCGCCCAAUGAAGACGACGACAGAUUUCUAUCCUUCUACGCAUUCAUCAAGUGCAAGACGUGCCUCAGGAUCAUUGGACUUUUUGAAAUUUUCUAAUGUGACACCUAUGUCUGUACGGUCAAUCGAUUUGAAAAAACAUCAAACCGAUGCCGAUGGUUUUCGCGUACCCAGACCCAGCAAUCCAAGACGGGGCAAUCCUUUUAUUUUUACAUCAGAUACAGGUUCAAAUUAUAGUUUCAAAUAAGAUAUAAAUUCUUUUUUACACAUAUUUAUAUAAUCUCGAACUCAUUAUAUAUUAUUUUACUUAAGUUAUACAUAUUAUCUUACUUUUAAUAUAUUCUUAGUAUAACUUGUAUUUAAAAGUUAUACCCAAUUAUAUCCAAAAAUGAGAACUAAAAUAAGCUUUAUUUAUAAUUAAAAAAUAGUGAUUUAAAGAAAAAAAUACACUAAGUAUUUGUUGUCUAUUUUAAGAAAGAUUCUGUUAUAACGUGUGACGUGUCAUUAUAUUUACUAAUACAUUCAUACACGUUAUAAUUCA